CAAAUGCCUCGUCUUCCAAUUGUGGAUGACGCGCAUGAAUGGAUUAACGAGAUUCCCUCUGUCCCUAUCUACUAUCUAACAAAACCACUGCCAAGGGAACGGGCUUGAAAGAAUCAGCGGGGAAAGAAGACCCUGUUGAGCUUGACUCUAGUCUGACACUGUAAGGAGACAUGAGAGGUGUAGAAUAACUGGGAGGUCCUCACGGGCCGAAAGUGAAAUAUUUCUACUCUCAUCGUUUCCUUACUUACUCGAUGAGACGGGGUGCAUACAUCAUCAUGUAUUAACUUCCAAUAACAUAAUAAUAAGCGUGCUUAGCUGUAACGACAUUUAGAUUGCAGAAUAUUUAUACGGUUGAAUAUGGAGUCAUAUAGAGUCAAUGAAUAUAAGUUCUUGAGCUUUCGAAGGGUAUGCGCUAUGCUAGCUGCAAAAGGACUCAGAGCAACACGUACAGAGGCAGCAUUGGUGAUCGCUGGAGUUCUGCCUGUUGACCUUCGAAUAAAAGAAAUGGCGCAGCGGUUCAGAGGUCGAAAAUUAAGCGUGAACGAUUAUUUGAAGUUCCUCGAGUCCAGGAUGCAAAGUCAGCAGAUUGAAGGAACCAUGUCUACUCAGGACAGAGAGAAUCCAGUGGAAAUAUACUCAUUGGAAUACCAAGAUGGAGAGGAACACGCAUUCGAUACAAAGGUGUAUACUGACGGAUCAAAAUGCGAGAAUGGUGUUGGAGCGGCAUACGUGCUUUAUAUUGGCGGGAAGGAGGUCCAUCACCGUAAAAUGAGGUUAGCAAACUACUGCACCGUCUUUCAGGCUGAGCUUCUCGCCAUCAACAAAGCUCUGAAACAUCUUUGGGAGAACUCCGAGUUCUUCGUGGAGUGCUCCGUGGUUUCCGACAGCAAGUCUGCCUUGGAGGCUCUCAGCUAUCUUGAGGCACGGUCUUCUCUCCAGGUUCAAACCUGGGAACUUGCCCAGUCGGUGAUGAGGAGAGUUAAGCUUUCUUUGCAUUGGACAAAAGCUCAUGUUGGGACCGUUGGUAAUGAGAGGGCCGAUGAGUUAGCCAGGCAGGCUUCAGGAGCGAACCGUCAUAACCACGGAAUAAUUCACUUCGCCCCAGUAUAUGACUAUCCGAGCCAGGUGGAAUCAUCAGUCAUGGAUGAAAAAUCUCAUUUCGUAGAUCUCCAGAUGGCGGAUGACUGGGGUCAAACUGCUCCGCGAGAAGGAUCAACAAGUACACGACCACGAGACGUCUGGAGAAUAUCUUAGACAUAUCCGACAGAUAGA